UACCGAAGAAGCCUGUGCUCGAAAUAAUCGAGCAUGGGCUUUUCUGGUCAAAACGUAUCUUGUCUUUAUUACUUUAUCAUGAGUUAUUUUCCUUGGUUAACAAUACUUGUUGUUUUGCCGAUAUUUGCAGGUUCAUUAAUUUUCUUUUUACCUCAUAAAGGAAAUAAAAUCGUUAGGUGGUAUACUAUAUCUAUUUGUUUAUUAGAAUUCCUUCUAAUGACUUAUGCAUUCUGUUAUCAUUUCCAAUUGGAGGAUCCCUUAAUCCAAUUAAAGGAAGAUUUAAAAUGGAUAGAUGUUUUGGAUUUCCACUGGAGAUUGGGAAUCGAUGGACUUUCAUUAGGAUCUAUUUUAUUGACAGGAUUUAUCACUACUUUAGCUACUUUAGAGGCUUGGCCGGUUACCCGGAAUUCGCGAUUAUUCUAUUUCCUGAUGCUAGCAAUGUAUAGCGGUCAAAUAGGAUUAUUCUCUUCACGAGACCUUUUACUUUUUUUAUCAUGUGGGAGUUAGAAUUAAUCCCUGUUUACUUACUUUUAUCCAUGUGGGGGGGAAAGAGGCGUCUGUAU